AUUUUAUAUAUUUUUAUAUGAGUCUUUCAAACACCGUCACUACACCGCUACACCACCAGCAUGUGGGAGAAGUUUGUAAAGUGCCUGGGCAAGGGCAAGGGCAAGAAGGAUAAGGGCUGCGGCAUCGAGCUCGCCGAGCUAUACAAGCGAGUGCCGCCCAAUCAGCGCAAGCAGUUUAAGGCCUUUGCCAAGCUGACCAACGAAUACAAAGCUCGCGUUGACAAAUAUCCAGCUGAAUUGCCCAAAAUCGAUUGGCCAUAUUACAAGGAGAACGUGCGCAAGGAGAUGGUCAGCUGGGUGGAUGACUUCCAAAAGAAGUAUGAGCAGCUGGACAACAUGAUCACCAAUCGGCAUUCGCUGAUUGACCACUCCAAGUACUUUGGAGAGUCUGAGGAGAUCACCAAGUGUGUGGAGCAGGAGGUCAAGAAGUACAAGGAGGAAUCGAAUAAGCGCAUCGCGGAGCUGCAGAAGAAAAUGGAGCAUUUGAAGGGCCUGAAGCCGUAUGUAGAAAUGACAAUGGAGGAGUUUUGUCUGGCGCAUCCCAACGAGGCGCCCGACUUUAUAAACAAGCCCACGUUUUGGCCGCACACGCCCGAAGAACAGAAGCCCGGACCAUCCGAGGAAGUAUCUCACGACGAGGAGGAGGGAGAGGCGCACGCGAAACCAAAAGAUAAGCCAGAUCCCUCAAAGACGCCACCAAAGACACCGCCAAAGACACCACCCACCGGAGCCGCGCCAGCUGGCAAAACUGAUGCUAAAGCAGCGGCUAAAAAGGAUGCCCCAAAGAAGGAUGCCCCAAAGGACGACCCGAAGAAGACCGAGCCCGCUGCUAGUCCGCCAAAGAAGGAGGAGAAGAAGGAGAAAGCAGCCGUGGUUAAAACUACCGAAGUAAGGGCGACUCAGCCCAAAGCGGAGAGUCAGACCGAGAGCCAGGCGGUCGAGAGUGCCGCAGUAAUGGCCUCCGAGGGCAUCGAGCUGGUCAAGACGAUGAUAGGCAAAGCCAUUGCUCUGUUCAAGACGGCCGUGUCGAAGAUGGGGGAGAAGCGGCAACAGGUCACAGAGACGGCGGCUGCCGAGCGAUUGAAGGCCAAAGCUGCUGUGGCUGCCAAGAGAGCAGAGAGGGCCAGAGAUGUGGACGAGGAUGUCUUCAAACGGGAGACUCGCUCCGACAUAUGCAACAAGACCAUAAUUCGCGGGGAGGACACAGCAGAGGCGGACGUCAAGCCGCAUCAUGUGGACCUGGACAUUGAGUCGGAUACGGAAGAGGACAAGUUCGCCAAGGAGAUGAAAAAGAAGCAAAUGAAAAAGCACAAGGAGUGCAUUCGCAAAUGCGUCGAGGCCGAGGACGAGUGUGAAGAGAAGAGGGCGAGCUGCUCGGAGCCGAAGCGAGAGCGUGCCUCGUCAUGCGACGACAGGCAGGAAGAGUACGACAAGUGCAAGAAGCCGCCGAAGAAAGAUCCGUGCGGUCCCAGACCUUCGAGCUGCGAUGCAUCCAAUGUCAGUGAACAGAUGAAAAUGCUGAAUGUGAAGCAGGAAUACUUUAAGCCGGAUACACCCGAUCAGGACCAGGAGCGUCGCAGAGCUCACGCCUCACUGCUGGAGGAGCCGAAGAAAUCAGCUAUAAAGAAACCGAACGUCAUGGUCAUGGAUGAGAGUAAGGGCAUCAAGACGAAUGUGGAAACUGUGGACCCCAUGAAAAUCAAGCCCGUGCAGGGAGUGAUGGCUGCAUCGCGCACGGACAUGCAGCAGGAAAUGGUCUGUGCCCGCAACGAGGGCGACGACUCGGUCAAAAUAAAUGCCGAGAGGGUGGCCAAAUUCGUGUUCGAGAUGGCCACCGGCACCGCCUCCCUGCUGUCGGAGGCCAAGAACAUUAUCGAGAAGGCCCAGCAGGAGCAGGGCCAGGGCGUCGAUGUGGAGGCUGCCUACCUGGAGGCCGAGGCCAAGGUAACUGCCGCCCUGAAUCACGCCCACAUGGCCCUCGACUCGGCCAAGGGGCUGGCCAAGCAGGCCAGCGUGGGCGACCAGGAGGCCAUUGCGCUGAUCGAGAAGCACGCGAUGCUCGCCCAGCUGCUGGCCUAUCGCGCCAUCACCAUGAAGAAGGAGAUCGCCAAGCUGCUGGCGGAUCUGCGUGGCGUUUAGCGAUUUUCCCUCAAUUUUCCAGUUGCAUUUCAGAUUCGUAACUCAGCUUUGUUGUUCGAACCGAGUUUUCAUUAAAUUUACUGUUGGGUUAAA